AUGUCAAAGGAGCGAUGGGGCCAGCCACGGAUUUACUGUGUGAACGAGUACGAUCCGAAGGCAGAGCCCGUCAACGAUCUUCCCAUCCUUGCCCAGCGUCAAGGCGCCAUCUCAUACAUCAAACAUGAGGACUUUCUCGAGAUGCUGGAUCCGUCCUGGUAUCUGAAGGACAAGUCUGUCGCCAAUGUGCUUGCUGUUCUCAAACGUACCAAUGUCAUCUUGAACACGAAAACCUUCUUGUAUGUCCGGCCUGCCGGCGAAGAGGAAGUCCCCGUUCUUCGCAUUCCACUCGAUGACAAAACCGACUUGCUCCACAGCGAGUCUCGUGCCAUCUACGAUCGUCAUCGCAAGGGUGGGACCGACCUCCCCAGUGAUUUCGAUGAGAAGGUAGCAUGGGAAGAGGCUUGGAUGGACAAGGUCAUGAAGGGAGACCUCAACAACUUGAAGUACCGAGCAACCGUCGCCUCGAGUCCGGUAUCUCCUUUGCCCAAGAAGGUCAAAGUCGAACCCGGUGUCUUCCCGAAACUGUCAGCCAUGUCUGGGGUCACAGUGAAGAUUGACUCGUCGUCGGAUGAGGAAGCACCGAAUCUUACACAAGAUCUGGAGCAGCUCAUGGAAGAAACAGGAGACCAGGAAGAUGAGACAUGUGCUGGAGACCUAGAUUUCCAUGAGAAGGCAAACCAGGCAGCUGAGGAGUACGCUCACUUCAUGCAGGAUGCCGAGCAUGCUCCCGAGCAGGGCCCGGUUUUGGACGAGAAGGAUCAGGAGGAGGAGGAUGGAAUGGACAUCGCAGAGGAGGCGGAGUGA